UUGGAAGCGCUCGCGGUGUUGCGCAGCGAUCCGAUUUCGCAAAUAACAUUUUACACAAGUUAUUCAUUUACUCAGUUAUUCAUUUAUUGUGAGAGGAUUUGUAGUGACGAUGGAAAGGUGGAAUACUGAAAAGUUAAACGCGCCGUCCGACUUCCUGUCAGCAAACGUGCCCGCUCUUGGUUACCCAGGUAACGCCAUUGGUCACAGCCACGGAAAGUUGUCCAGUCGAACCACAGGUGCGAGACAUGUGGCUUCCCUUGCUCUGCUGACACCGUCUCACUUCGCCGGCCCGCCUCCCGCCCCGUCCAUCCGAGUGGGCGUGGCGGGUGUCAGCUCGCCCCGCCCUCCAGGGUCGGACCCGUGGGUCAUCGUCGAACGUGCGCAGCAGGAACUACUGGAGCUCCGACGAGAGAACCAGAGGCUACUGUUGCAGCACGGAGACGGACUGAGGGAGGGACUCGGAGAACAAGAGAGCAAGAUCAGGAGGCACUGUGGUGAUAAUGAGGCACUGUGUGCUGAACUCACUCGCUGCAAGGCUGAGCUUGAACAGAAUAAAGAAAAGCUUUCAAAGUUCCAGAAGGAGUGUGUGUUGCAGCAUGAGCACUGGGAGAGAGAACAUCAGAACUCUAAAGAAGAGACACGCCAGUUACAGCUAGCUACACACAAGCAGAUGCAGCAGUUGUGUGAGAAACACUCUGCAGAGCUUUCGGCUCAGAUACACACCAACACAGACCUGCAGAAUACACUUCAUGCACUUACACAGGAAGUGACCUUGCUCAGACGGCAGGCAGAGGAAGUGACCUCAGAGAGGGACACACUGAAGGAACAGCUGAGUACUCUCAGAAGUGAGAUGGUGGAGCAGACGGAGACUCUGCAGAAGUUGCGCAGCUACAUUGGCAUUCACACAGGAGAGGAGCAGCAUGCACACAUACAGAGGUUACAGAAGGAGAAGGAGUCUUUGUGUUUGUCUAUUGAGCUGCUGAAUGUGCGUGUGAAAUCAGCCAACGACAUUCUGGACAUACAGGAGAGAGAGCUGGGAGAACAGUGCGAUCCUCUCCACAAGGACUGUAGAGCUUGUCGCUUGCUGGGUUUGUGGAGGCAGAAAGUCUUCAUGCUGCUUGUACAACUGCGAUGUAGAGAUUCCCAGCUGCACACAGAGAAGUGCCACCUGCACAGCACGGUGUCUGAUCUACAGCAGGAGGUUCAGAAGUUUCAGUCUCAGAUCAGUGUUCUACAGCACAACCUCCAGGACAAGAUAGCCCAACUAGAGCUGCACAACAUACACACACAGGAGCUACAGCAGCAGUUGUGUAGUGCUGUGGACGAAAAUGAGAGACUAAAACAACAGAAAGAGAUCAGUGAGAAAUCACUGAGAGAUGUGACUGAUACCACACGCAGGGUUGGGCUUUGUGUUGAGGAGUGGGAGGGUCAGAUGGAAGCUGUGCAGGGUCACAUGAGGAAUCUGACACACAGACUCACCUUCGCCACCAAACGUCUCGACACUGUACACGGGCUGCUGUUAAGGAGAGAAGCACUACGGAAAGCACAAGAGGCCACAAAGCCUCCAGAGCCCACUGCCUCUAAUGGCUGCAUCGAGAGACUGCAGUCAGAGGUGGCAUUGCUGAGCUCCGAGAGAGACAAGCUCACCCUGGAAUUAAAACGUACACCAGAACUCAUCCACAACGCUCUGAGGGACCUACAACAGCAGUUAGACAGAGAGGUGGGUCUCCUGACGCAGUCGCUGUCGCGGAGCAGCGAGGAGCUGAAGGUGUGUGAGCGGAGGCGAUCGGAGGCACAGAGACAGUGUGAGGAACAGGAGGGGACCAUCGCAGAGCUCCGCGCUGAGGCCCUCAACACACAGAGGGUUCUGCAGGAGAGGGUCUCAGAGAUGGAGAGAUCAUGCGAUAAGCAGCUCAGAGAGAUGGAGGCUCAACUUAACACAGCAAGGAGAGAACACACUAAAGCAGUGGUAGCACUUCGGCAGGUGGAGAGGAAUGCAGAGAGAGAGCGUGAGCAGGAGAGAGAGGCACAGAGACUCCACGCCGAACACACACACAGACACACCGCACAGCUACACACACAGCUGAAGGAAAAGGACAAAGACCGCAAUAUUCUACUGGCAGUAGUCCAGCAGCAAGGCCUGAUGAAUGAGUAUAAGAGGAUGAGGAGAGCAGCCGUCCACACAUCUAGAGCCAUGCUGGAACAACAACAACAUAAACAGCAGCAGCAGCAUGGCAGUGCAGAGCAGCAAGAGGGUUGUGUGCUCAGUGUAUUGGGGGAGGUGCACUCUCUCAGCUCUGCUGUCAUCCAUGGCUCAGAGGAGGAGGAGGAGGAGGAGGAAGAUGGCCAAGAAGACCACGCCACAGUGUGACACACACUCACACACGUGGCCAAAGACCGAGCAUUCUCAGUCCUAUUGAAACUUGCAUAGCCUCGUUGGGUCCAUACACACUUCUCUCUCUCUCUCUCACGCUUCCACCGAGCAUGUACCUGUACUGCUCCAUCACUCUGAAAGAUAUUGUGGGAUUUGUGAAUACCAGAUAUUUUGUUCUAAUAAAAUAACACUUUGGAUUAAAUUCUGCACUUCUCUACACCCCUUAACGAAAUGCGGCGUUGUGUGUCAAACUCUUGCUUCACCAUUCCGGUU